UUUACUUGCAGGUCUUUACCCAAAUUAAGCAGUCAAGACGAAGAAGGGGGGGCAGGUCAUGGGUAUGGUGGGGGGCCACAGCACUUUGAACCCAUUCCUCAUGAUCAUGAUUUUUGCGAAAGAGUCGUUAUAAAUGUAAGCGGGUUAAGGUUCGAAACACAAUUACGAACGUUAAAUCAAUUUCCGGACACACUGCUGGGGGAUCCAGCUCGGCGAUUACGGUACUUUGACCCGCUUAGAAAUGAAUAUUUUUUUGACCGUAGUCGGCCGAGCUUCGAUGCAAUUUUAUACUAUUAUCAAAGUGGUGGUCGACUGCGGAGACCGGUCAAUGUCCCUUUAGACGUAUUUAGUGAAGAAAUAAAAUUUUAUGAAUUAGGUGAUCAAGCAAUUAAUAAAUUCAGAGAGGAUGAAGGCUUUAUUAAAGAGGAGGAAAGACCAUUGCCGGAUAAUGAAAACCAAAGAAAAGUCUGGUUACUCUUCGAGUAUCCGGAGAGUUCGCAAGCCGCCAGAGUUGUAGCCAUAAUUAGUGUAUUUGUUAUAUUGCUAUCAAUUGUUAUAUUUUGUCUAGAAACAUUACCCGAAUUUAAGCAUUACAAGGUGAGUGUUCAUACAACAACAAAUGGCACAAAAAUCGAGGAAGACGAGGUGCCUGACAUCACAGAUCCUUUCUUCCUUAUAGAAACAAUAUGUAUUAUUUGGUUUACAUUUGAACUCACAGUCAGGUUCCUCGCAUGUCCGAAUAAGUUAAAUUUCUGCAGGGAUGUCAUGAAUGUUAUCGACAUAAUCGCCAUCAUUCCGUAUUUUAUAACAUUGGCGACCGUCGUCGCCGAAGAGGAGGAUACGUUAAAUCUUCCAAAAGCGCCAGUCAGUCCACAGGACAAGUCAUCGAAUCAGGCUAUGUCCUUGGCAAUAUUACGAGUGAUACGAUUAGUUCGAGUAUUUCGAAUAUUUAAGUUAUCUAGGCAUUCGAAGGGUUUACAAAUUUUAGGACGAACUCUGAAAGCCUCAAUGCGGGAAUUAGGUUUACUUAUAUUUUUCUUAUUUAUAGGCGUUGUACUCUUCUCAUCGGCGGUUUAUUUUGCGGAAGCUGGAAGCGAAAAUUCCUUCUUCAAGUCCAUACCCGAUGCAUUUUGGUGGGCUGUCGUUACCAUGACAACCGUUGGAUAUGGUGACAUGACACCCGUCGGUGUUUGGGGUAAAAUCGUGGGAUCACUGUGUGCCAUUGCUGGUGUCUUGACAAUCGCUCUCCCGGUACCAGUUAUCGUCAGUAAUUUCAAUUACUUCUAUCACCGCGAAACGGAUCAAGAGGAGAUGCAGAGCCAAAACUUUAAUCACGUUACUAGUUGUCCAUAUUUACCAGGUACAUUAGGUCAACAUUUAAAGAAAUCAUCGUUAUCUGAAUCCUCAUCGGAUAUGAUGGAUUUGGAUGAUGGUGUUGAAUCAACGCCAGGAUUAAGUGAAAUGCAUCCUGGUCGUGCGGUGGCUCCAUUUUUAGGAGCACAACAACAAUCGAUCGAAAAGCAACAGCAGCAGCAGCAGCAGCAGCAAUUACAACAACAGCAGGCGUCGCCGAAAUUGUCGCAGCAGCAGCAGCAGCAGCAACAACACCAACAAGCGCUGCAACUGCAGCAGCAACAACAAAAUGGUUAUAAGCAAUCCGCUACAAGCGUCACCGGUGGCAAUAACCUAACCACCACAACAACAACGCUAAGGCAUAAUAAUGCCCUGGCCGUUAGUAUCGAAACCGACGUUUGACUACUGGUAAAAAAGACGAUACGUGCUCUAAUUUGGCCUUGUGAAAUGUUACGUUGGAUGCCAGAAACGACAACAAAAGCUGUUUAAUUAAAUUUAAGUAGACAAAUAAUUAAAUUAAUUCAAAUUGAAAUUAAAGCAAAAUUAAUUUAAUAAUAACAAUUACACAAAAGCAAAUAUGGAAGCAACAAAACAAGCUAACUAAAUUAAAUUCAUAAAUUGCAAAAAAAAACAUCGAAAAUAUCACAGAAAUUUAAACAAAGAGAUACACAUAAAACAUAGUCAUACAAAAACACAGAAACAUGCAAAAAAAAAAUGAUAGCCUAAAUAAUAGCAAAUAUGUAGUUAUGAAGCAAAUUAUGCGAUUGCAAGCAAAUCGACCGCCUGUGUAUUAAAGUAGAGCAAAAAAAGAAUAUCGCAAGAGAAAAGGCGCUCAAUAUUUAAAGCGAAACUAGAAAUGGUAAAAGACUGCUAACGCAAGCCUAUCGUGAAAAUGGCGACAUUUUAGGAAAACAAAAAACACAAGGAGACGGUACUGGCACACGUAUAUGAACGCGCCGAGUAGUAAACUCGGAAAAAGUUGUGAACUCUGCAAGAAAAUGGCCUUGCCAAAUGGGACGAAACUUAAAAAUACUUUCAUAAAUCCAUAACUAGAAAAAUAUAGCUAAAAACUAAACUUUUAUUAACCUCAUGCAAACGAUAUUUACUAAGUCGCUGCCGAUCUAUGUACAGACAUAUAUGCAUGUCUUAACCCUUUCACUGCUAGGGGAAUCAUGGAGUUCAGCAGAAACUAAAUAGUUCUUUUAGAGAAUCGGUUCGAGCUUUAAUUCAUUACUAGUUUGCCUUAAGUGGUCGUGCUUCAGCAGACGAACAGCUUGUAACAUUUAUUUAUAUUAUUUCCGAUACCCCCCUAAGGGGAUUCUUAAAAAUAUCAACAUCCAAUUUUUGUACGGGGCACACCUUUAUCUUGUUCUAGGUAUGAAAAAAGGCAUCUAUAAAAAUUUUAAAAUUUAAAAAAAUUUUGGGGUUUGAAAAACUAAAAUUUUUUUAAUCGCAAAAAUUUUACAAACUAUCACGGUUGAACAAAAUUUGGUC